AUGUCUGCCCCCGCCCCCGUCCCCUCGAAAGCCGCGAUCCAUGCACUUCGAGUACAAAGGAACGCCAUUGCCCUGGCAGUAGAACGUGUAAUCAGCAACCAUUCCGAUGCUAUUGCACAGGCUGCUGGGCUAGAGGAGCUGCUUCGUAAUUCGACGUCUAUCCGGCGCGAGACGGAUAUUCCACCCGCCGCCCUGAAUCUUGUUGGCCGAGUCUACAAGUUUGUGGACCAGUCGCAAGCGCUGCCUGAAUGGUUUUCGGAAUUGUCUUCGCUGCUAUCAAAAGCUUGCCAUCGGUGGAGCGAAUUUCGAAUUGCCGGACAAAUUCUAGAGUUUGGAGUCCAUCAUAAGGUAGCCACUGAGAACGACAUGCUGGCGCAAUGUGUUCUUGAGUUUGCUACAUCUUUGGUCUCCCCGACAACGCAACAGCCUAAGGAAGACCCAUCUGCCCACGAAAGAUUACAAGCAGCGGCAAGGCUGUAUGUGGGCAACUUGCUAUUGCCUCCGCUGGAAAAAUCGAAAAUACGAUCUGGCUACGUGAAAGUGGGCAAAGACUUGAUUAGCCAAGCCCUUGUGGAGGACGACUGCCCCAUUGACGUUGUUCAAACAUUUCAACAAGUUUCUACGUGGAGUUUCGAUAAGCUUGGAACCAUGGUCUGGUUCAUGAAGGAACUUUUCGAGCACAAGCAGCACGCACUGACCAUCGACACAUUUAUCGGAAUCUUCGCCGAGUUGAAAAAGACCUCUGCAUACUCUAAGCGCCUCUGCAUGGGCGUGGCCAAUUCAGUUAUUGCAACCGGAGGUUACCAGUGUCGCGAAGUUCUCCAGACAUUCAACCGGCUGAGGGAGCGCGAUGGAUGGGAAAUGCCAUGGAAAUGGCUAGAAGACUGCAUGUGGGUGCAUUGGAGGUCGACACGCAACUUCACGGAGACGCUUCAGCUUUUCGAAGACGCAAAAGACAACGGAUUUUACGGUAUCCAAGACACUCUCGGGAUUCAAUCGAGGAUGGUGCGAAUCUGCAUCGAGGCUAAUAAAGCCGAGAGAGCAGACUUACUGAUGGAGGAACUUAUAUCUAUACACCCAGAAGCUCAAACCGAUGUUAAGAUACUCGUUCUCAGCGAUUUUGAGGCGAUGAAGACGAUGCAAACAACCAACCCCCACAACGAACGGCACUUCAAGCGCGUGUUUGCGGCAGUACUGGAAACUUAUGCUAAGACUCACACGUGGGGCGAGGUCGAGACAUUCAUGGAAACGUACAUCUCGGAAUUCGGAUUGGGGCUUGACCGCCAUCUGGUCACAUUCAUUGCCGACAGACAUGCAAAAUGUCGCGAUAUACAUGCACUGAAGCAAUGGCUGGUGUUCUGUAGGGAUUCCGGGUACACCGUGGAUGAUAAAUUCUGGAAGGCAAUGUUGGUCAAUUGCCGCCGAGACUGGAAGUACGACGUCAAACAGUUGUCCCAACUGUACCAUGUCAUGAAAGGUGCUGGCAUCAGCACGGCCUUCCCCGGCCUCGAGCAAUGCUACAAAAACCUGACGAAUACGACAAGCCCGCGAGCCAAACAAGUCCGGCUGAGGUCUUACAUGGCGAGCCCUGCCCACGAGAGGGGUGCCUUCGAAUCCAUGAGAGCGGACGCGCAGAUCGGGCGGUGGAAUAGUGUGCUGGCUCUUUACAAGCGUGCGCUCCACAACGGCAUGGGACACACGAGUCGGUGUCUCAAGCUGGCAGUCAGAGCCGUUGUUGAAACCGAAGGCCCUCGAAGCAGACAGGCAAUGUCACUCUUGAGCAGUGCGCAGUCCGAAGGUUGCGACACCAAGGAGGCCAUGUACCCCAUCGUCCUCGGUCAACUCGAGGAAAUCGGAGAGCGCCACGCCGGUAUGGCGGGUGAAGACGGCCGAAGCCCAGCCUUUCCCGAAAUGAAGGCCGUCUUCGACGACCUCCGCCUCAAACACGUCCACAUCGACGACGGCCUGUUCCACCGCGCCGCCCGCAUCUGCGAGAAGCUCCGCCAGUACCGGGAGAUGGUCCAAUUCUGCAUCAUCGCCGCCGAGGUCAACGGCCGCGGCGACCUCUGCUACAGCGCCUACAACUUCAACAACCUUCUCGCCGCCUACGUCAUCCGGCACGAGUACGACAAGGUGCGCUGGCUGCUCGCCGAGCUCCGGACGCGCGCGUAUCGCACUUCCAGGGAGGUCAGGUACCGCCUCUACUGGGCGGUGCAAUACCUCCGGAGGGCCGCCGAAUCCGACAAGGACGAGGCGCUCAUCCAGUCCGACAUCGAGAUCCUGACUCUUGUCCACGAGACCCGCGAGGCCUUGAGAAAGGAGAACCUCGACCAGAAGAUGAAGGUUAAGGAGGUUCUCCUGGACGCCAUCUCCCACAACGCUUCUAGGCCCAAGCCCACCGGCAAGGCUGACAGUCUUGCACCGGCGGCCUUUGAAGAAGAAGACAGUAUGACUUUUGCGCCUGCUUCUGCCCCUGUCACGCAGCCGACGCGGGUCAGGAGGGUUCAAACCAAGCGCGAGGGGCCUCUGGACUCCACGACGAUGCCUGGAGGUUCGAACGGGACCGAGUCGCAACCGGCGAAGAGAGCCUAUUCGUGGAGAUCGACCACACUUAGAUAG